CUGAGUAGGUAUGUGUGUGUGUGUGUGCUUGUGUGUGUGUGUUCUUUCAUCCUCUAAUUAACACCAUGGAUCUACAGCACACCCUUACAUCCGGAAUAUUAAUUUCAUGUUUGAUUAGUGCCUGUUUUUCAGCUGUCCCAGUGGAAGAAGAGGAUCCGAGGUUUUGGAACAUUAAGGGGAAGGAAGCUCUCAUCUCAGCAUUGUCUCUAAAAGCAAAUGUUUUUCGAGCCAAAAAUCUCAUCCUUUUUCUCGGAGAUGGUAUGGGAGUUCCGACAGUGACAGCUGCUCGAAUUCUGAAAGGGCAGCUUGCUGGUAAAAAUGGAGAGGAGACCAUGCUAACCAUGGACAUGUUCCCUUACCUGGCUUUAUCCAAGACCUAUAAUGUGGAUCAGCAAAUGCCAGACAGUGCUGGUACGGCCACAGCGUAUCUGUGUGGUGUGAAAGCCAAUUACGGUACACUGGGUCUCAGUGCUGCAGCUCGGAGGGGUCAGUGUAAAACCACCUUGGGCAACGAGGUCAAAUCAGUCCUCCACCGUGCCAAAGCAGCAGGUAAGUCUGUGGGUGUUGUGACAACCACACGAGUUCAACACGCAUCCCCAGCAGCAAAUUAUGCCCAUGUAGCUGAUAGAGACUGGUACGGUGAUGCUGAGCUGCCUGCUAGCGCAGCGAGUCAAGGCUGCAAAGACAUCGCCUACCAGCUCGUCCACAACACUGACAUCAAUGUGAUUUUAGGUGGAGGGAGACUGUACAUGCUCCCUGUAGAGACUCAAGAUCCUGAAUAUCCUAAAACCACAGGUAGCAGAAAGGACAACACAAACCUGAUCAAUGAGUGGCUCAAAAACAAAACGAAUGCCCAUUAUGUGUGGAAUAAAAGACAGCUCAAUGAUGUGGAUGACAGAAACACUGAUUAUUUAAUGGGUCUUUUUGAGCCAAAGGACACCAGGUAUGAGCUGGAAAGGAAUCCAGAAACAGAUCCGUCACUCACAGAGAUGAUGGAAAAAGCCAUCAAGAUCCUCAGCAAGAACCCCAAUGGAUUUUACCUCUUUGUGGAAGGUGGUAGAAUAGAUCAUGGCCACCAUGCAAGUCAAGCUAAACUUGCACUGUAUGAAGCAGUGGAGUUCGACCGUGCCAUCGCUAGAGCAGCCGAGCUGACCAGCGAACUAGACACUAUGACUGUGGCCACCGCUGAUCAUUCACAUGUGUUCUCUUUUGGUGGAAACUCUGCCAGGGGCAGUCCAGUAAUGGGACUUUCUACCAAAAUUGGCCAAGAUAUGAAACCCUUCACCACCGCUCUGUAUGGGAAUGGACCUGGACACAUUGCUGGAGGAGUACGACCAGACCUUAACUAUACAAUUACAAACGAUAAAGACUACAUCCAGCAGUCUGCUGUUCCUCUGUCAUCUGAAACUCAUGGAUCUGAAGAUGUGGCUAUUUUUGCGAAAGGCCCGAUGUCUCAUCUUUUCCAUGGUGUUCAGGAACAGAGUUAUAUCGCCCAUGCUAUGGCCUUCGCUGCCUGUAUUGAGCCCUACACUGAAUGUUACUUACAACCUGCUCCCAAACCAGACCCAGAUCAUGCUGUAUCCAUCUGGCUCAGCGUCUACAUCAUGUUGCUUAGCCUCUUCAUUUCUUUCAUCCAUUUCCUAUGAAGGAACUGAAUUUUUGUACUGAGCACUUAAUCCCCCUACAGAUUGUGUAACAUAGUAUUAUUUUGCACUUCAUGUAAACCUGAUGUCCUGGGCAUAUUAUAUAAAUAUAAUAAAAUGAAAUAAGUGUAUAUGUAAAUUGAUAUAAAUCACAGACCCUUAAUAGAUUAAAGGAAAGGGGGAGGAAAUGUUUCUAAA